AUAUUGUGUUGAGCAGUGAUUUAAUGGCCUGUGCCACACUGAUCUGCUGACUUGUUAAAUUCAUCGUGCUGCGUCUCUUUCCGCGUCACCCGAGAUGUUAAAAAAUGGAGUCCGGCUGAGGAUCAGGUGUCAGGUGCUUCUGGUGGUUCUUCUGAGUAGGAUUAAUAACACCAAAUAGGGAUUUUCGUUUUCAAAAUCACUUGUUUUCAUUCCAUACAGUGUCCUUAAGUUUAUCAUCACAGAAUAUUUUAACACGUCUGAAACCAGAAAAAGAUCGUUUAAUUUGGUCAGUGGUAGGUGGCUGUGCUGCCACAUGAGGUUGCUUUGUUUACUCUGGGAGAGGAGCGAGACUUGAUCCAUGACUUUUAAUGGGUGCCUCACCUGAAAAUGUUGAUCUACUUAACUGUGAACUGAAAGACGGCAGGUCUUGAGUAACUGCCCCUCAGAAAGGUCUUCAGAUCACUGUGUCUGUAUGUGUCCUGCCAGGAGUCUAAUACGUCUUCCUCUUCUUCAGAUUCACUGGAGAGUUGAUCAAACAUGGGAUGAUGCUGGGACCUCCCAGGAAGUUGUCCAGAGUCUCGGCACCGAUCGGAGUCUAUGAGCUUCUCGAGCUGCGUCAAGCCGCCCGGAGGAGAAGAACCCGAAUAACACCGGAAGCACGGCAGUGUUCCUUUCAGAAGCUAUUUCGGACUGGAGUGGGAAACCUGCAGCCUGCUCGGGUGGUUUUGCGCUGAGGGAGUCCGCACGGAGCGCUGCAGCAGACGCGGCACCGGAGCGGCGGCGGCGGCAGCGGCGCGGGAGGCGCGGAUGUGAUGCCAAAGCUGACCAGAAAAAACAAAGGUUCAAGUCUAGAAAAAGAGAGCUGCCGGGUGCCCCCUCUGGAGAGGGAUCUGGACUGUGGUUCAGCCUAGCGAAAUGUAGCGCCUCCCUGCCAUCGAAGCCGGAUUUGAAGACCUGCGUGCUGUCUGCUCAUGAUUUUUUUCCUGUAGUCUAGUCCAGGGCAUCUGCUGCAGUCAUGUUUAGGAACAGCUUGAAGAUGUUGCUGACGGGAGGGAAGGCCAACCGCAAGAGUCGCAGCAGCGAUGGUGGGAGUGAGGACUUGGCAGACCCCCGCUCGCCCAGUCUAGACCCCCACCUGAGCCACAUCGCCCAAGGUGGCAGCAUAGACAGCGACUGUGCCUUUGAAGGAGACUACGCCGUGCCCCCGCUCUCCAUGACCGAGGGCAUGCAGCACAUUCGCAUAAUGGAGGGCGUGUCACGCUCGCUGCCCUCCUCGCCGCUGCUCACCCACCAGACCAUCAGCGUCAGGCUGCAGCCCAUGAAGAAGCUCACAGCCCCUCUGCGGAAAGCAAAGUUUGUGGAGAGCCCUCGCAUUCCACAAUCAGAGCUUGGCUCCCCUACACACACCUCCACCACUGCCAAGAAUCCAGACCUGGACACACACUGCCCUGGGGAGUCAAGCCAGGAGCUGGGCCCCCCUCCGUCGGUGGAUGAGGCAGCCAACACAUUGAUGACGCGCCUGGGUUUCCUUCUGGGAGACAAAGUGAGCGAGGGGCCAGCCGGUACCCAGUACAGCAUGGAGGAACCCGAGGCGAGACAGGGCCAGAACCAGAGGAUAAGUCCGUGCUCCACCCUGACCAGCAGCACUGCCUCACCCCCUGCAGGCAGCCCCUGCUCCACCCUCCCCCCUGCCAUGCCUGGCCAGGCCGGCAACAAGGACUGUGCCUACGGUUCUGUCACCAGUCCCACCUCAACCCUGGAGAGCAGGGACAGCGGGAUCAUUGCCACGCUGACCAGCUAUUCCGAGAACAUGGAGCGAGGCGGCAAAUAUGGCGAGGGCUCCCGGGGAAACCUGAAGCUGUGGCAGUCCCAGAAAUCAGGCAUGGACUCUUUCCUGUACAGGGUGGAUGAAAACAUGACCGCCUCCACCUACAGCCUCAACAAAAUCCCCGAGCGCAACCUGGAGAGCAUGUCCUCCCACUCCGCCCACUCCAUCCCUCUGUACCUCAUGCCCCGCCCUAACUCUGUGGCCGCUACCAGUUCAGCCCACCUGGAGGACCUGGCGUACCUGGAUGAGCAGAGACACACUCCGUUACGCACCUCGCUGCGCAUGCCCAGACAGAGCACCACCUGCGGGCCGGGUCGCUCCGGGCAGGACCUGAGAGCUUCCGCUAAUAACACCCAUGCCUGGCAAUCCCAGUCACUGCGUUUUGCACCGUAUCGGCCUCAAGACAUCGCCCUCAAACCUCUGCUGUUUGAGGUGCCCAGCAUCACCAUGGACUCCGUCUUCACGGGCCGCGAGUGGCUCUUCCAGGAGAUCGAUGCCCACCUCAACAGCCCCAACGCCAGCACCAACCGCGGCGUGGCCAUAGUAGGCAACAUCGGCUUCGGCAAGACCGCGAUCAUCUCUCGCCUGGUGGCGCUCAGCUGCCACGGCACCCGCAUGAGACAGAUUGCCUCCGACAGCCCUCAGGCCUCACCCAAACAUGGAGAGGGGCUCCCUCUCACUCAGCCACAGCCCACUCAUGGCACCCUGGGAGGAGGCAGCUGUCCCGGGACCCCGGAGAUGAGGCGACGUCAAGAAGAAGCCAUGAGGAGGCUGGCGUCUCAGGUGGUGGCGUACCACUACUGCCAGGCAGAUAACGCCUACACCUGCUUGGUGCCGGAGUUUGUGCACAACGUGGCGGCUCUGCUGUGCCGCUCGCCGCACCUCGUUGCCUACAGGGAGCAGCUGCUGAGGGAGCCGCACCUACAGAGCAUCCUGAGUCUGCGCUCCUGCGUCCAGGACCCCUUGGCCGCCUUCAGGAGGGGGGUCCUAGAGCCCUUGGAUGCACUUUACAAAGAGAGGAAAAUCAGCUCAGAGGAGGACCUCAUCAUCCUCAUUGACGGUCUGAAUGAGGCAGAGUUCCACAAGCCGGACUACGGAGACACCAUCGUGUCCUUCCUCACCAAAACCAUCAACAAGUUCCCUCCCUGGCUCAAACUGGUGGUCACAGUCAGAACCACGUUACAGGAGAUCACCAACGCGCUGCCGUUCCACCGCAUCUCUCUGGACGGCCUGGAGGAGAACGACGCCAUCGACCAGGACCUGCAGGGCUACAUCCUGCACCGCAUCCACAGCAGCCCGGAGAUCCAGAACAACAUCUCGCUCAACGGCAAGAUGGACAACACCACCUUCGGCAAGCUCAGCGCCCACCUCAAGGCCCUGAGCCAGGGCUCCUAUCUGUACCUCAAGCUCACCUUUGACCUCAUCGAGAAGGGCUACCUUGUCCUCAAAAGCUCCAGCUAUAAGGUGGUUCCAGUCAACCUGGCGGAGGUUUACCUGCUGCAGUGCAACAUGCGCUUCCCCACGCAGUCUUCGUUCGAGCGGGCGCUUCCUCUGCUCAACGUGGCCGUGGCCUCUCUUCAUCCGCUGACCGAUGAGCAGAUUUAUCAGGCCAUCAAUGCUGGUUCCCUGCAGGGCACGCUGGACUGGGAGGAUUUCCAGCAACGUGUAGACAACCUGUCAGUCUUCCUGGUGAAGAGGAGGGAUGGCACCCGGAUGUUUGUUCACCCCUCCUUCAGGGAGUGGCUGAUCUGGAGAGAGGAAGGAGAAAAGACCAAGUUCCUCUGCGAUCCGAGGAGCGGCCACACGCUACUGGCCUUCUGGUUCUCUCGGCAGGAGAACAAGCUGAACAGGCAGCAGACUAUUGAGCUGGGCCAUCACAUCCUCAAAGCACAUAUCUUUAAGGGUCUCAGCAAGAAAGUCGGGGUUUCCUCAUCUAUCUUGCAAGGCCUGUGGGUAUCCUACAGCACAGAGGGCCUUUCAGCUGCACUUUCUUCACUCCGAAACCUCUACACUCCCAACAUCAAGGUGAGCCGGCUGCUGAUGCUGGGCGGUGCUAAUGUCAACUACCGUACGGAGGUGCUGAACAACGCCCCCAUCCUGUGUGUCCACUCCCACUUGGGCUACAUGGACAUGGUGGCUCUGCUGCUCGAGUUUGGCGCCUCUGUCGACGCUCCGUCUGAGAGCGGCCUCACGCCGCUGGGCUACGCCGCCGCUGGGGGGCACAUAGCCAUUGUGACCGCGCUUUGCCGCAAGAGGGCGAAGGUGGACCACCUGGAUAAGAACAGCCAGUGCGCGCUGGUCCAUGCGGCCCUGCGGGGCCACAUGGAGGUGGUGAAGUUCCUCAUCCAGUGUGACUGGAGCAUGGGGCAGCAGCAGCAGCAGUCCCCACAAACCCAGCAGCAGGCGGCCUUCACCAAGAGCCACGCGGUCCAGCAGGCCCUCAUCGCUGCAGCCAGUAUGGGAUACACGGAGAUUGUGUCCUACCUGCUGGACCUGCCAGAGAAGGAUGAAGAGGAGGUGGAGCGGGCUCAAAUCAAUAACUUUGACACGCUGUGGGGAGAGACAGCUCUGACUGCAGCCUCUGGACGGGGGAAGCUGGAGGUCUGUCGUCUGUUGCUGGAACAGGGCGCGGCCGUGGCCCAGCCCAACAGGAGGGGCAUCGUCCCGCUGUUCAGCGCCGUCCGACAGGGACACUGGCAGAUCGUCGACCUCCUCCUCACGCACGGCGCAGAUGUCAACCUGGCUGACAAGCAGGGUCGGACUCCUCUAAUGAUGGCCGCCUCAGAGGGACACCUGGGCACUGUGGAGUUUUUACUGGCUCAAGGAGCCUCUCUGUCUCUGAUGGACAAGGAGGGUCUGACUGCUCUGAGCUGGGCCUGUCUGAAAGGACAUUUACCCGUCGUCCGCUGCCUGGUGGAGAGCGGAGCCGCCACGGACCACGCAGACAAGAACGGGCGCACGCCCCUCGACCUCGCCGCCUUCUACGGCGACUCUGAGGUGGUCCAGUUCUUGGUUGACCAUGGGGCCAUGAUAGAGCACGUAGACUACAGCGGGAUGCGUCCCCUCGACAGGGCGGUGGGCUGCAGAAACACGUCGGUGGUGGUCGCCCUGCUCAAGAAAGGAGCCAAGAUAGGUCCAGCCACAUGGGCCAUGGCCACCUCCAAACCCGACAUCAUGAUCAUCUUACUCAGCAAACUCAUCGAGGAGGGGGACAGCUUCUACAAGAAGGGGAAGGUGAAGGAGGCAGCACAGCGUUAUCAGUAUGCCCUCAAAAAGUUUCCACGUGAAGGCUUCAGCGAGGACCUCAAGACAUUCAGGGAACUCAAAGUAUCUCUCUUCCUCAACCUGUCCCGGUGUCGCAGGAAAAUGAACGACUUCGGGAUGGCUGAGGAAUUUGCUACCAAGGCUCUCGAACUGAAACCAAAAUCAUACGAGGCGUACUACGCCAGGGCACGCGCCAAGCGUAGCAGCAGACAAUUUUCUGAAGCCUUAGAGGACCUGAAUGAAGCCAUAAAGCAGUGCCCCAACAACCGCGAGAUCCAGCGUCUCCUUCAGAGGGUGGAGGAGGAGUGUCACCAGCUCAACCAGGAGGAGCACCAGCAGCAGGACCUGGAGCUGGAGCCUCCUCCCUCCCCUCCUCCUACACCUCCCCCAGAAGAGGAAGAGUCCCUGUCCUUGUCCAUGCCUCUUCCCCCUCCCCCAGAACCCCGUCUGGAGGACAUGGAGCCCGUCCAGGACCUGUUUGAGGAUGAGGACUACCUGGAGCAGGAGCUGGAGGCCAUGUCUGUGGGUCUGCCCCCACCUGAGUCUCUCACCAAUCCUUCCAGCCUUCCCAUCAUUCAGAGCCCACCACUCUCCCCCACACAUCCAGACCAGAUCUACUUAGCUGGAGGUUCGCCCAUGGGACAGCCCUACGAAUAUCACCCCACCUCUUCCUCAAUGUCUUCUCCAACCCGCGGAACAUACCAGCCCACAUCGCCCUCGCUCUCCCCGACACAUCAAAACUCACACUACCGACACAGCCCACCUCAUACCUCCCCUGUGCACCAGCAGUCCUAUGGCUUCAGUCCGCCUUCUGUGGGUGCUGGGGGUCAAGGAAUGGAUCACCAGAGCCCACCGCCUUCCCCUCUACGCCGGGCUGCUCAGUACAGAGCCAGUCCACCAGUAGAGAGCGUUUGCCUGUACAGGUCCCAGUCUGGGUCACCUGUGCGCUACCAGACCGAGCAGCUCCCCGGCCGACCCAAAUCUCCCCUCUCCAAGAUGAGCAGCCAGCGUUCUUUCCAGCUGAGCUCACAGCCCUCUCUGUCCUCCCAGCACCACCAAGCCCAAGGCCUUCGUCUUCAGCCUUCUAUAGCCCAAAUAGUCCGCACAAACCAGCCCAGCAAUGUGAUGGGCAACAGCAUGUACGGUGGCCAGAUGGGCCACUCCAUUGGUGGUCGUUACCAAGGGGGUUCGGUGGACGUGGAAAGCCGGUUGGUGUACCAGCCUUCCCUGGAUGGACGGUCCAUGCCCCAGGUCCAGGCCAGCCUCAGUUCUGGGGCCCUCUGUCAGCACGGCGGCCGAGGAGGGGUUAUGGAGUCGGGCCUGUUGAAGGAUGAGCUACCCCAGCGCCCCUCCUCUGCCUACCGCGCCAGCAGCGGGGGCCCGGGGGGCAUCCGUUACAGCCAGACACCUCAGAUAAGCCGCAGCCAGUCAGCCGCCUACUACCCAGUCUCCGAACAUGUUCUGGAGCGCGCCAGUGCCAUGCCCCCCUGCCAGCUGGGCUCUCCCGAGAUCCCCCAUAUGGUGAGACGCCCCGUCAGUGCCAAUACUACUGAGAUGAAGCAGCAUGUGCCCACCCCCAGGCCUCUCAUCCAUUCUCAGAGCGUAGGCCUUCGAUUCUCCCCCUCGAGCAACAACAUCUCGACAGGAUCCACCUCGAAUUUAGCACCGGGCUUCAGGCCCUCCUCUUCCAUUCAGCAGAUGGAGAUCCCCCUGCAAGCCACAUAUGAGCGCACCUGUGAUGACAUCUCUCCCAUCUCUCCGUCCCAGGGUGGAGGGGGGCUGUAUCAGGGAGAACCCACCCGCUCUCGGAACACACCCUUCAUGGGCAUCAUUGACAAGACAGCGCGGACUCAGCAGUACCUGCAUCAGCCCUCGCGGUCCAGGGCCAUGACGUCCAUGGACUCUGCCAUCAGCCCCACCUCGCCUGGCCAGCUAGUCCAGCAAGGCUCCACCUAUAGUCCCCCUGCCUCGCUGGGCAAUAUCGCCUAUUACAACAAGACAAACAACGCCCAAAAUGGACACCUGUUGGAGGAGGACUACUACUCCCAGUCCCAGCCCCCUUCACUGGGCAAGCUGGCCAACGGCUCUCGCGGCAGUGGGGACAUCCUGGAGCGGGUCAGCCAGGCUCCCACCUACCCAGAUGUGAAGGUGGCAAGGACUCUCCCCGUGGCACAGGCCUACCAGGACAACAUGUACCGCCAGCUCUCACGUGACUCCCGGACCCAAGGCCCCACCUCCCCCAUCAAACCAAAGAGACCAUUUGUGGAGUCAAAUGUGUGAUGGCCUGUCUGUGAUUGGUUGGUUGGACUGGGCUUCUCAGUGGUGUUGAGAGGAGUAAAAUAAUUAGCUCAACAGCAGAUCCUGCUGACCCUUGUGUAUGUGACAUGGACGAACUCACCUUAAGGAACUCAUGAGAGACGGAUCCAGUCAGAGAGGAAACCACACAGCCAGCACACGCACACUUAGGGUAUUAGACAUUAUCUUAUAUGAAAAACACAACUAACAGUAAGAAGCGAUUAUUUCAUUAUCAUAUUCUUCACACAGGUAGGAUAACAGGAGGGUCCUAAGUUCUGAUCUCACACUGAAUCAAAGACCGGUGCACUUCCAAAAAUGUUGUGUGGCACAAAGUUCCCACAAGUGAACACAACAGGUGGGACUGUAGGAGUGACAGUACUAAUCAUCGGACUCUACUUGUGGACUCUAUAUCCAUCUUCUGUUCUUUCAAAGUGUGCUCUUAACCAAGGUUGCUAGUAGGCUCUAUUCUAUGUAAUACAAUAUUAUAUGUUCAAUACUGUACAUUGCUCAGAAAAUACAAAUGGCUCAACGACUCAGUACUUAGAGAAAAAUGACAAUAUUUAUAUUUAAGUUAUAUAUUGUACAUAGAAAUCAAACAAAACAUAGUUUGCAUUUGAACUGUAUUCUGUUAACCCUGCCUUUGCGUCCCACUGCUAGUCAUAUGGAUGUGGAGAACCCAAUCCAGGGUGGCGGAUGAGGGACAUUGACCAACUUUGAGUGAUUAUAAAUGCAUCUGUUGUUUCAAAAUAAAUAAAACUGUUGUGGUUUAAUGCAA